AAAAGACCAAAGGAUUGGAAGGCCAAUUUAUAGUUGGUAAAAAUAUAAUAAAAGAAGCCAUGACAACUGAAAAAUCUUAACUAUUAGAUCAGCGGCUAAAACAACAGACUUCCUCCAUAUCUAGUUGCAGCUUUUGCCUCUUGCCUCUUGCCAAGUAAAAUUUACCCAAGAUGGCUCCAGUUGGAGGCAGAACACAACCACCCCAUGUAGUUUGCGUCCCCUACCCUUCACAAGGGCAUGUUGGCCCUAUGAUGCAAUUAGCCAAGCUCCUACACUCAAAGGGCUUUCACAUAACCUUUGUCAACACUGAGUUCAACCACAGGCGCUUGAUCAGGUCUCAAGGGCACCCAUCAUCCCUUGUCGGCUUACCUGGCUUUAGAUUUGAGGCCAUACCAGAUGGGCUUCCACCCUCUGACAAAGAUGCUACCCAAUAUGUUCCUGCACUGAGUGAUUCCAUCAGAAAAAACUGUCUUGGUCCCUUCAAAGAGCUUCUGGUUAAGCUUGGUCAAUUGUCUGAAGUGCCCCCAGUUACUUGCAUAAUUUCAGAUGGGGUCAUUGGGUUUGGGAGCAGAGCUGCUGUGGAAUUGGGCAUUCCAGAGGUUCAGUUUUGGACUGCCUCUGCUUGUGGCUUCAUGGGUUACUUGCAGUAUAGUGAACUCCUAAAAAGAGGCUUGGUUCCAUUCAAAGAGAAAAACUUGGAUAAUCAAGAUGAUCCACUUGAUGUGCUAAUCGAUUGGAUCCCGGGCAUGAAAAAUGUUAGGCUCAAAGACAUCCCUUACCAUCCUAACGAAAUAAUGUUUGAUUUCAUGGGAUCAGAAGCACAAAACUGCUUGAAAUCCUCUGCAAUCAUCUUCAACACAUUCGACGAAUUCGAACACCAAGUGCUAGAAGCAAUCUCGGGGAUUUUCCCCAACAUUUACACAAUAGGUCCACUUCCUUUGCUAUGCAGGCAUAUCUCAGCUGAUGACAGCCAAAUCAAGUCACUCAGCCCAAGCUUAUGGAAGGAAGACAGAGAAUGUGUUGAAUGGCUUGACAAGAGAGAACCGAACUCAGUGGUGUAUGUAAAUUAUGGGAGUGUGGCUGUGAUGACAGAGCAACACUUGAAAGAAUUUGCAUGGGGGCUGGCAAAUAGCAAGCACCCAUUUCUGUGGAUAGUUAGGGCUGACGUGGUAAUGGGAAGUGAUGACUCAGCACUUCUGCCUCCAGAGUAUUUUGUAGAGAUCAAAGAUAGGGGAAAGAUAGCAAGUUGGUGCACACAAGAGCAAGUUUUAGCACAUCCAUCUGUUGCUGUUUUCUUGACACAUUGUGGUUGGAAUUCUAUUUUGGAAACUGUGUGUGAGGGUGUGCCUGUGAUUUGCUGGCCUUUCUUUGCUGAUCAACAGACGAAUUGUGGAUAUGCAUGCAGUAGCUGGGGGAUUGGUUUGGAGGUAAAGCAUGAUGUGAAGCGCUAUGAAAUUGAAGCACUUGUUAAGGAAAUGAUGGAAGGAGAGAAGGGGAAGGAAUUGAAGCAAAAGGCACUAGAAUGGAAGAACAAGGCAAUUGAAGCUACUGAUAUUGGUGGACCUUCUUAUAAUAAUUUUGAGAGAUUGAUAAAAAAUGCUCUACAUUACGAUGGUUGACUAGUGUAUAGCAUUAUCUAGACCCUUGGUCGGGCAUCUCAUCAAACAUAGGACAGGACUUAGUCAAACCCAAAUUUAUUUUAGACCGUCGGUAAUUCUGUAAAACAAACGAGGUCUAUAUACAAAUGUAUGUAUAAAUCAUAAAAUUUCGGCCAAGUUUGAAUUGAAACAACCACAGGAAUGUACUACUUUACGAGCAUCUAUCCAAAGCACUGCAGUAUAAAGGACAAAAAUUGUCCAUUUGUGUCAAAUUUACACCACCUAGUGUCAAAGCUUUUUCACCUAAUAUUGAGAUUUG